AUGAACAAGCAUGAAACAGCGAAGAAGUGGCUGCGGCGACAUCUGCGCAAAGUGGCAUCGCGCCAAACACUGAAGAACGACGACGACUCAAACGAGAUGCAACGAAAGAAUUCCCUCCGGCGUCCGCGCACAGCACCUUCAACAGAGCUUGCACAAAAUCUUGACGAUGCGCCAGCAGUUCCACUGGUCCCAAUUGAUGUCGAGCAAGGUUCACCUCGGGCGCCAGUCUUACCUCCAAUCCGUCCCGCAAGACCAGAUUCGGGCAUUAUACGGGAUGUCAAUGCCUGGUUGGAUGCCAGCGUAAACACGCCUUCGCCUCCUCUGAUGGGAGGACUUCCCUACUGGAGGGCGGCGACCAGCCCUGGUGUCAAGGAUACACCCGUGGCGCAACAUGCCGUUCCGUUGACUGGAGCACUCGGAAUCGCCAGGCCAUCGACAGCCAACAGCCAGCAAAGGAUAGCCUUCCGUCGUUGCGCCAAGAAGAUGCAGGUUCAGAUACCUUCACUUCUGCGUACUAAAUCUCAACGCCAGGGCGAUCGAAAGCACAACAGACAAUCGGCGUCGAUGCCACUCUUAGCCGUCUCCUAUGAGGAUGUCAAUGAAGCCGCCGCUCCUAUGCUCAUGUCUCGGUCUGGAUCUUUCCUUCGUCCCGCCAUGCAGCCGUCAACACGGUAUCCCUCCACACGAACUAGUGCUCUUGUAUCGGUUGAUGAACAGCCGCGUGAAGAUUUACCCUUGCGUACGGGCACACCAGGAAGUGUGCGACUUGGCGAUACUGAGAGUGUCUUCGAGCGGCGCGUCAACGCCAUAUUCAUGCGUACGGCACGUAGCGCGGACAGCACUCGACCAUCAACGGCAGCUGCCUGUCUUACUCGAGAAGACUCCAUGGGCGAUCUGUCUGAUGCACCGACGUACAUUUCUGGGCUACCACCGCCGUCUUACCGUUCUCGCCCCGAGUCUGUUCUCACCACCUCUUCCUUCGGCUGCAUCGAUGGUAUGAACCCUGCGCAACGCCAGAUCAGUCAGCAGCGAGCAGCGCUACAGCGAGGAAUGAAAUGCAAGCUGAAGAGGUUCGCUCAUACAUUUGCGAUAUGA